AUGCACACCACACUUAAAGAGGAAUGGGAUGAGCUUGAGAAUUCUAAGCUGGGACCCCUCUUCAGGUUCACGAAGCUCGAGUUUAAUUGGGCAUCGAAGGUGGCACAGAUUAUGCUCAAAGCGGUGACUGAGCCAGAGACUGUUAACACAGACGAGAUGAAAGAGUUCUGGCGGAAGCUUGGUGUGAAUGAGAAGCUUGGUCCGAGCAUUGACGAACUCAUAGCAGCGUGCAAGUGGGCCGGAGAGUGGAGCAGAGAGGAUAGGCUGAGACUUGGUUUUUUGGCCGUAUACGCUGGCUUCAUUGAUGCUCACAAAAGUUCCACUCCUACACGAGUAGCACUGGCUAGUCAAGUUAUGGACUUGGAGAAGUUUGAAAACUAUCCCUGGGGGCGAGUCGCUUUCAAGACCCUCAUCGAUUCCGUAAAGAAUGCAGACGUGUCCAAGCCAUUCGGCCUCGAAGGCUUUGCUGAAGUCCUGCAAGUGUGGGUGUACUAUGCUAUGCCGAGAUUCGGAGAAGAAAACGGUGAUCCGAGGCCAAAUAAUCCUGAGCCACCGCUGCUAGCAUUCAAUGGAAUCAGAGGGAAGAGAUAUGUUAUCGGAACCAUGAAGAAGCAGGUGCUUUUCAAUCACAUGGUAAUGGUGGACAGGGCAGACGUGUACCCACGUUGA